GUGUUCUCCUCAUCUCUCCUCCUCUCUCCUCCUCUCUCCUCCUCUCUCCUCAUCUCUCCUCCUCCUCUAGAUUACCUGCUGUCCAACAACCACGUCAACUCCCAUCAUAUAACUGUGUUCUCCUCCUCUCUCCUCCUCUCUCCUCCUCUCUCCUCCUCUCUCCUCUCUCCUCCUCUCUCCUCCUCUCUCCUCCUCUCUCCUCCUCCUCUAGAUUACCUGCUGUCCAACAACCACGUCAACUCCAUCAUCGUUCACAAGUUUGACUUCUCAGACGAGGAGAUCAUGGCCUAUUACAUCUCCUUCCUGAAGACCCUGUCACUCAAACUGAACAACCACACCGUGCAUUUCUUCUAUAACGAGCACACUAAUGAUUUUGCCCUGUACACCGAGGCCAUUAAGUUCUUCAACCACCCAGAGAGCAUGGUCCGUAUCGCAGUCAGAACCAUCACACUGAACGUCUACAAGGUGGACAACCAGCACAUGCUGCACUACAUUCGAGACAAGACGGCGGUCCCUUACUUCAGUAACCUGGUCUGGUUCAUCGGCUCCCACGUCAUAGAGCUGGACAAGUGUGUUCAGACGGACCAAGAGCAUCGUAACCGGGGGAAGCUGAGUGACUUGGUAGCAGAGCAUCUCGACCAUCUCCACUACCUAAACGAUAUCCUGACUAUCAACUGUGAGUUCCUGAACGAUGUCCUGACAGACCACCUGCUCAACCGUCUGUUCCUGCCUCUCUACGUCUUCUCUCUGGUCUGCCCUGAACAGUCUGAAGAUCGUAAGAUCAACCCUCAGGUGUCCCUUAACCUACUGUCACAGGUAU